ACUGGUUAGGAAAAUACGCGUUAAGGGUGGAAUUAGUCUCGCAGUCUUCUAACAGGGAUGUUAGGGAUAAAGAGUGACUAAUGCAUUGCAAAUUGAACAUCGGUCUGCAGGACAAGGUGGCAAUGAGCAGAACCUAUCCACUGUGGUUCCGGAAUGUGUGAAAUUGAAGAAGGCUUUCAUUGGGCACCAACUGAAGGACAUCUGAGGUAGAUGCAAUCCAUCAGCCUCGGCAGCCAGGAAAACCCCCCACCCAGGGGGCCCCUGGGCUCAGUAAGAGCCGGACGGUCGAUGCCUUCAGAACAGGCCCAACAGCCAGACAGGCCCCACCCGGGAGGAGCCCAUCCUCUCUUAGCCUUUUAGAGUCCUUCUCCAGGCAGGAAGCCAAAGAGGAGACCAGAUCCAGCAUGUUUUCCUCCAAUUUCCUGAGUGGGGCCAACCCCCUCAGCGCAGUGUCCUCUGCCGUAAACAAAUUUAGCCUCUUCGGGGAUGAGGAGCCAGAGGAGGAGAAAAAGCAGAAAGCUGCCACGCAGCAGGUGGGGAAGCUGGCAGGACAGCAGUCAGGGCCUGCCAAAGCUCCCCCACAGCAACAGCAGGGGCCUUUGAAACAGGGCCAAGGGCCCCCUCAGCAAGGCCCUGGCAAGCCUGGGCCCACGCAGCAACCAGGGCCUCAAGGACCUCUACAGAAGAUGGCUCCUAAAGGUGGCUCACAGCAGCAAGGGCCCGCCAAACCGGGACCUCAGCAACAGCAAGGACCAACCAAACCAGGACCCCAACAACAAGGGCUAGCUAAGCCAGGACCCCAACAACAAGGGCUAGCUAAGCCAGGACCCCAACAACAAGGGCUAGCUAAACCAGGACCACAACAACAAGGGCUAGCUAAACCAGAACCUCAACAACAACAGGGGCCUAGUAAGCCUGACCUUUGCCGGGAAGGCCCCCCUGGUGCUGGAGCUCAGUCGGCAGGAUCUGCCAAAUCUGGAGCACCCAUCGAGGGGUCUGGUAUUUCAGGGCCUAAGCAGUCACAAGGACCUAGUCCUAAGGCUGCAGGACAAAAAUCUACCUGCCCACUGUGUAAGACCACCGAACUCACUCUUCACAGCAAGGAACAGCCGAACUAUAACACCUGCACACAAUGUAAAACCAUAGUGUGUAGCCUAUGUGGAUUCAGCCCACCAGAUUCUGCGGGGAAGGAGUGGCUGUGUCUGAACUGCCAGAUGCAGAGAGCACUUGGGGAUGCCCCUGCCCCCCCCAAAAUGAAACCCCAGCCGCAGCCCUCCAAGCAGCCCUCUGCACCUGACUCCCCCCAGAAAAAGCAGGCCACUCCAGAAGCGCAGGGCCACACGUCUGAGGUGGCCAAACCUUCAGAGGCUAAGAAGCCCUCUCCUCUGAAGAAGCAGCAGACUUUAUCAGAUAAAGGGAAGCCUGGAACCCCACCUUCGACCCCUCCAGCUGCGCGUAAAGGGCCUGUCCAAACCCCAGAGAAAGGCACAGGACCCCAGGAGGCACACAAACCAUCAGGGACCCAAAGACCUCCAGAUCAGCCUGGCCCGACUGGGACCAAGCUGGAUGUGACAGGCCCCAAGUCAGCUGGUCCUGCUCCGCACACACAAGCGGCUCAACAAACUUCACUAAAACCCACUCAGCAGGAAGAACGACAGCCCCUGGACCAGAAGCCCUCAGGAGGAGCAGUGAAAACAGAUCCCAAAGCGGGCCAAAUCGUGCAGGAACCAGGGAAAUCCCAGCAGCAGAUGCCAAAAGGUGGCGCGGGUCCUUCUCCUGCCAAAACUGGACCUCCCGCACAGGCCCAGCCCCCUCCUCAGCCUCCCAAGCAGGAGUCAAGCUUCUUCGGCCUCAGCUUCGGAGGUUUCUCUGAGCCCCCCAAACCUCAGCCCACCACCCCCCAGGCCACAGAGUCGGUGUCAGGGAAGCUGUUUGGGUUUGGCGGUUUCAGCGAAGCGCCAAAGCAGCCCACGCCAGCUCCGCCCACCGAUUCCGUCUCUGGCAAGAUGUUUGGAUUCAGCUCGUCCAUCUUCAGCUCGGCGUCCAGCCUGAUCACCUCGGCCGUUCAGGACGAGGCUCCUGCCCAGUCCCCUGCCCAGCCCCCUGCCACCUCUAAGGAGCCCACGCCAGCACAGCCCUCUCCCAAGAAGCCUCCGCCAAGCGAGGUCAAACCGUUGGCUGGGCAGAAGCCAGAUCAGCCGCAGCAGGCCAAGGCCACACCACCUACCCAGGAUAAGAAGGCCACCCCAAUGAAAGCGGAGAAACCUCCAGCAGAACCUCCAAAAACGGCGGAACCGUCCCACCCCCCUUCUAAAGCAGCCACGACAAACUGCCCUCUCUGUAAAGUGGAACUGAAUGUGGGCUCCAAGGACCCCCCCAAUUACAACACCUGCACCGAGUGCAAGAAGACUGUCUGCAACCUCUGUGGAUUUAAUCCCAUGCCUCAUCUCAACGAGAAAGAGUGGCUUUGUUUGAACUGCCAGACACAGAGGGCCCUGGCUGGUCAGCUGGGGGACAUGCCUCCACCAAUGCCUGCACCAACAAAGCAGCCUGCACCCACAAAGAUUCAGGCCUCUCCUGUGAAGCAAUCAGUAGUGCAAUCAGCUGAGCCGGUCAUCUCAGAACCCAGCCCACCAAAACCUGCACCCAUUGAACAAAACACAGUGAAGGCUGAGCCCGCUGCCCCUGCCAGUCCUGCUAUUGCUCCUAAGCCUACCACUUCCUCUCCUGCUAAGCAACCAACAAGGUCGGCCACAGAUGAUCAGACGCCACUCCAGGAACCUGCGGACAUGGCUCGGACUGUUGAAAUAAUAGAAGAGGCAAAGAAAGCUGAAACAGUAACCGGGAAGGCCAAAAUGGAGCCUGCAGAAGAAACUAAGGAGAAAGCCGACAAUAAAUCUGGAACUUCAGGAUCAUCAGAGGUCAUCACAGGUUCAGUUACUGAGACUCCCUCCAUCAUUCCAAGUGACAAAACGGAACUAUUGAAAGAACCUGUCCAAAAGGAUGGAGCUGCACCAGAAACCAGUCCUACAAGUCCCUCUGACUUGGCCAAGUUAGAAAGCACAGUGCUUUCUAUAUUAGAGGCUCAGACAAGCACAGUCAAGAAAGAGGAUCCAUGCAACAUUCAUGACCAGAAGCAAGACCAACACAGGCCAAAGACACUGCCGAUAUCAGGAGGAUCAUUCAGCUUGGAAGAGAGAAAGCAUGAAGAUGUCAGACAGGAGGACAAAUCUCUUGUGAAAGAUGUUCCCACUGAUGCAGCCCCAAAGAAGGAGCGCAAGAAGCUACAUGUGCUGCCAGAGGGCAGGCAGCGCAAUGACUCAGUGGAGGACAGCAGCGAGAGUGAGCCCUCACCUCUCCUGCAGAGGAGAAGGAAAAUCAGCGCUGCGUCAACCAGCAGUGAGGAAUAUAAACAGGACAGCCCGGGCUCUGGAGAUGAAGAGGACUUCAUCAGGAAACAGAUCAUGGAGAUGAGUGCAGAUGAGGAUGCAUCGGAGGAUGAGGAUGAUUACGUACGGAAACAGAUCAAGGAAGAGGAGCAGAAACGGGAGCAAGACGAUAAGAAAGGGAAAUGCAAAAGCACAUCUGGGAAAAGCAAGCGAUUGCUCAAAAAGAGCAGUGUCAGCCAUGAGCCUGAGCCAGGGAGGCGCCAUUCAUGGCAAGAUAGUGAUGAGCAACAGUGUGAGGAUAGUCCUGACUCUAAGAAGAGGGAAAUAAAGAGCCAGGAAGGGGAAGAUCCUUCCACUGAGAGCGGAGGGGGACUCCGACGUUUCAAAACAAUCGAGCUCAACAACACCACUGCCUCCCCAUAUAAUGCAGGAGCCCCGGUACGACAAGGUACAGAGGAAGGGGAGCUAGAAAUGGAAAGCCUCACUGAUUCUCCUGAAGACAGAUCUAGAGGUGAGUCAUCCAGUCUGCAUGCAUCCAGCUUCACCCCUGGAACAUCCCCCACCUCAGUGUCCUCAUUUGAUGAGGACAGUGACAGCAGCCCGAGCCACAAAAGGACGAGUGGAGAGGGCAAGCAGCACCGUAAGGCCAGGCACAGACAGCACGGUCAGGUGCUUCCGACUAUUGAGGACUCCUCUGAAGAGGAUGAGAUGCGAGAGGAGGAGGAACUUCUCAGGGAGCAGGAAAAGCAGAGGGAGGUUGAUCAACACCAAGUGAAAAAGAGCUCUGGCAAAAAGUCCAAAAAAGACAAAGAGGAACUUCGGGCACAGAGGAGAAGAGAGCAUCCUAAAACACCACCAAGUAAUCUUUCCCCCAUUGAGGAUGCUUCCCCAACAGAGGAGUUGCGGCAAGCAGCAGAGAUGGAGGAGCUCCACAAAUCAUCCUGCUCUGAGUAUUCCCCAAGUAUCGAGUCUGAACCUGAGGGAUUUGAAAUCCACCCAGACAAGAUCAUCGCUGUUCAGAAAGUGUACCAGCUGCCAACAUCCGUUUCACUCUACUCUCCAACUGAAGAACAGAAUACUGAAAUUACCAAAGACACCAUGGACAAAUCAUUAAAAAGUGCAGAUGAGGCCUAUGAGGAGAUGAUGCAGAAUGUAAAAACUCUUCAAGGUAAGAAGGAAACAGAAGGGCAAGUUGAGAAAGAGCCUCUCUACGGUGGCAUGCUGAUCGAAGACUACAUUUAUGAGUCAUUAGUUGAGAACAAGGUCACUGGAAACUAUGUGGCCCAAAAACAAGAAUCAAGCAAAAUUUCAGUGCAAGAACCUGUGAAGAAACUGAGAUCACCAGACGAGGUGUACGAAGAUAUGCAGAGGAAGAAAGAAAUUAUUCUUAAAGAACAGGGACUUCAGCAAACACAACCAGUUAAGAAAACGUCUCAGCCACAGCAAGAGAUUGAUUUACCAGUCCUCACUAGUAAGCCAACCUAUGUGAAUAUUACCACAAGCGACACAGCUCCCCCAGGUAAGGAUGGAAAACCACUACUGGAUGCCGAGGCUGCUUAUGAGGAACUUAUGAAGCGACAAAGAGUCAUUCUCACACCUGGAACAAGCCCAACCCAGGCAGUACCUGAAUUACACGAUGUGGUUUUAAUCCCCUCUGAAAGAGGUACAGAAGACACUCAUGGGGAAGGUGUAAUGUCUGAAGCUCCUGUUAGGGGCCAAACGCCUGACACGACUGUUUCUUCAGCUGCCUCCUCCAAAAAGGCACUCUAUCCCAUACCAGACUUAAAAAUAACCCAAUGUUCCUCUGGAGAAGAAGACAUUGAAGAGGAAGACAGCAUAGCUCAAAGACAGGAAAAGGUGAAACUGUCAGACCUCCCACAAGCUGAACAGAUUGUGAUGAAAGAUGAGCAAACAUCUGUGGCAAGUUCUCCAGCUCCAGUCUCUCCUUCAGUUUCGACUCCAGUUCAGGUUACAGCUCCAGCUGUGGCUCCAGCUCCAGCUUCUGCUCCAGCACCAUUUACAGCUCCAGCAGUAGUUCCAAUGCCAGCUCCAGUUGCGGCUCCAACUCCAGUUCCAGCCUCAGCACCAGCGGCAGCAGCAGUUCCAAUUCCAGUCCCAGCUGAAAUUGCCAUAUGUCAAGCCCCACCACCCCCUCCACCUCCACCUCCACCACCAUUGCCACUAUCAUUCACAAAGGCUCCGGUUAUGACAGAAACACCACAUGCAAUGACUGCAGCUUGUGCUUCUACAUCAGUGACCACCCCCUUGGACUUGACAUCCUCCCCUUCUCAGACUGCACAGCCUGCAGGUUUGGGUGUAGAAUCAAUGGUAGAGGAUCUUAGUAAACCAAGGUCUUCAGUUGAUGAAAGGUUUGCUUCAGGACCUAUUCCUAAUGUGUCAGCUACAACUAUUUCCCCAGUUUUGCCUCUUGUCAUGCAGUCUGCACAAGAACCUGGCGUGGCAAGUGAUAUGUCAGUGACAAAUAUCUGCCCUGUAACUGGAGUUAUUAGCCUUAAAACUACUGUUGCAAGUGUUUCAGCUAUACCUACUGUACCUCAUUAUGCUCCAGCUGUUUCAAGCAUAGUGUCAACUGCUGUUUCUGCCACUGUGUCUACCACUCAGACACUUAUGUCUGCUCCCCCAAUACCCCCAAAACCUGCAAUCCUGCUCAGAGGGUCAUCUCAGGAAAAGGCAGAUAUAUGUGAUACUGUGCCACCCCCUCCUCCCCCUCCACCUCCUCCACUACUUCCCCCUAUACUGCCUAAGCCAGCUGUUUACCCUAAAAAGCCUCCUAUUAGUACCCCACCAAUCAUGCCAGCUGUGGCACUGGGAUUAGCUUCAACAGCUGUGACAGUGGUACACGCAACAAUAACAACUGCAGGGCCAAGUGCAACAUUGAAGAGCUCAGUGGCCCCUACUUACAAACCCCAUGUACCCCCACCCGUGCCACCAAAGCCUGCGUCCAUCCCGGCAGGUUUAACAUUCAGUCACAAACCAGGCGAAAGUGUGAAACCUCCUGUUGCUCCAAAACCUGCAGUGGCCCAGCCAGCAGGUCAAGUAGUAGCAAUGACACAAUCAAGACCUGCAGCCCCACCUAGCACAACUGCUAUGACCCUGAAUCUGAGUGCCCCAGUUGAGUACAAACAAAGUGCAACCACACCUAAGUCACCAUUGUCCCCAAGGUAUGGAAACUCUUUACAUGAGACAUAUGUGGUCAUCACAUUACCAUCUGAGCCUGGCACUCCUGUCGAAGGCAUUAUAACUCAGGCUCCCACAAGUCCAGCUUUGGUAUCUCCAAUGACACAUAUAGCACAAACAACAGUACCAGUUGCAUAUACACACUAUACAAAAUCAGUAGAAAUACAGGGAACUGAGAAGGUAGUUUCAAGCAUGAGUCAGAUGUACUCUUCAAUGUCAACCUCAACGCAGCCUGUUGUACCUUUGCCUAACCUUGUAGCCCAGGUUGUGACUACAGAAGUCCAAAGGACAACAGUUUCCGUUGUUCGAGAAAGGAUACCUGUAACGCCUCUGGUGUCUGCUCCAGGAACAGCCAGUCAAGUUGUUACAGUUGCCCAAGAAUCUCCAAAAGCACAACCAAAGCCAAAAGAGAAUGGGAAGAUGUACUACUCUGGGGAUGUUGUUGAUCUUCGUACAUUGAAACAGGAUGCUGAAAUGACAGAUAAAGGGUUGGAUUUGUCAGCAACAGAUUCAAGAGGUCAGUCUGUUUCAGCUGAUACCAGUGGGCGUCAGACCAGUACUGUGCAGUCAGUAAUUGUUAACCUAAGCACAGAAGUAACACCAGUGUCAUCUAUGCCAUUUGUGACUGAUAACAUAACCAUUGUUACCUGCACAGCCACAAUAUCCUGCAACAAUGGUGCAGGCAACAGACCACUCAAUCUAGGCAAUACCACGUCAAUGCCUCUACAGCUUACAACAUCUAAACCAUUUGAACCAGUUGCCCAGAUAGUAUAUCGACCCAUAGAUUCACAACCUACAACUAAUUUUAAUACAGAGGCCCCCAUUAAUCUAUCCUUUGGAACCAUUUCCAGUGCAGAAACAUCAAGGUCUCCUGUGACUAUUGCUCCAGCCUCCAUAACAGAUCACAUCACCACUCUCCCUGCACACAUUGAGGUUGGGCUUGCAAGCGCUGUAGACCUGACCACAACCAAGCCCAUUCAAACUAUGGUUGCUGUUAAUGGGUCUAAUACAGCGGUGGUCACUACUGUCAUGGAAGAUGACGGCAAACCUGUGGAUCUUACAGCAGGGAAACGGGCUGUUUGCUGCGAUGUUGUGUACAAGCUUCCUUUUGCUGGGAGCUGUACAACACAGCAACCUGCAACUGCACUACCUGAGGACCGGUUUGGAUAUAGAGAUGAUCAUUAUCAGUACAAUCGCUCUGGACCAUACAGCAUGAGAGGUUUUGGUGGAAUGAAGUCAUCUAUGUCUGAUACUAACUUAGCAGAGGCUGGGUUGUUCUUCUACAAAAGCAAAAAUAGUUAUGGUUAUCAAAAUGGAGCAACAGAGGGUGCAGUAGACUUGACAUCUGCGAAAAUAUCCACAGGUGAAAUUAUGGACUACUCAAGCAAGGGCACUGGAGCAUAUCCCUCUAUGACUGUUCCUCAAUAUUCCCAAGCCAGAAUAACCUCUGCGGUGGGGACACACUUCGGUACCAACAGUGUGUUAAGGUCCUCGAACGGGGUUGUGUAUUCAUCCGUGGCAGCACCUGUUCCCGCCACGUAUGCCAUCACCACCCAGCCAGGAUCAAUAUUUAGCACGACAUACAAUGCCUUGUCUGGAAUGCACACCAGUGACACCAUGCCAUCUCUCUCAAGUCUACACGAUCAGCCCCUCCCAAGGUCUUACAGUUUCCUAACAACCACAGCUGCAGAGCAGCGAGCAGCAGUCAGCCAGGAAAUAGCCUUUUCAAAAGAGGGACUGUUUAAAGCUUUUACCGAGGCUGUUCCGACAGCAACGACCACACUUGGCUCAUACACGGACGCGUCACUGGAGGCGAUUGCAGCGUCUCUGGAGGCCCUGGCCUCACCGAUGGUCCCAGGCUCGGAUGAGAGCACACAGCAGUAUCAGAUGGAACGUGAGUUCCUGGAGCUGGAGAAGAUGAAGCAGCUGCGUCUGGCCGAAGAGCUGGAGUGGGAACGGCAGGAGAUCCAAAGGUUCCGUGAGCAGGAGCAACUCAUAGUUCAGAAGGAGCUGGAAGAGCUACAGACCAUGAAGCAGCAGCUCCUCUUCCAGCAGGAGGAGGAGCGCCAGGCCCACCUGAUGAUGCAGCAGGAGACCUACGCCCAGCAGCAGCUCCAGCUGGAGCAGAUUCAGCAGCUCCAACAACAACUGCAGCAGCAGCUGGAAGAGCAGAAAAUGAGACAGAUGUUUCCCUAUGAUGCACCCACCACUUCUGAGCAGACCCUGAUAGAUGCACAUUAUGCAGGGGGUGAAGGUAGCCAGUACUGGCCAGAGCAGGAUCAGAGUGGGGUUCCAUCCACAGUUGCUGGCCUUGAGCUUCAACAAAAUGCAACCUGGUACACUGUGCCCACCGAGGGUGUUGCCCAAUAUAUUCCUAACCUGCCAGAGUCUGAAAUGCUGCUCAAAGUGUCAGAAGGGCAGGAACUUGCACUCCACUCUGACAGGAUACCUGGCCAAUAUGAUGAGCAUGGCACUGAUGCAUCCAACAGGAAAAUAGUGGAAAGCAGUGUUCAGACUGAUGAUGAGGAAGGGGUUGACAAGGUUUGCACAGGCAGGAGAAAGAAGAACAAGAGGAGUGUAGACUCCAGUGUACAGACAGAUGAUGAGGACCAGGAUGAGUGGGACAUCCCCACCAGAAGCAGGCGCAAGUCUCGUACUAGCAAGCAGGGCUCCAAGGUCUCCAGCAUUGCCAUCCAGACCGUGGCUGAAAUUUCAGUACAGACAGAUCAUUCUGGAACUAUCAAAAGGCCAUCAGUUAGAGCUCAGGUUGACACCACGUUGGAGAUUGUUAAACAAAUCUCUUCACCAGAGAAAACAUAUAGAGGAGGUAGCACAAGUUGCCAGACAGAGGUAGGCUCUGGUAAAACAUCUCCUCAGAAGGAUAAGAGGCGGCCCAUUCCCUUAGAGAUAGGCUACAGUACCCACCUUAAGGCAGACUCCACCCUCCAAGUAGCCCCUUCCCCUCCAAAGUCCCCCAAAGUGCUGUAUUCUCCCAUCUCACCCUUGUCCCCAAGCAAAUCAUUAGAAUUUGCUUCAUAUGAGAAAUCUGUUGGUGACACAAUACCACAGAAAAUGCUAACUGCAGAACCAUCCAAACCUCCUCCCACAAGUCCUCGGACACUGAAAGCCAUGCAGCGAUCAUUAUCUGAUCCCAAGCCACAGAGUCCUACAUCAGAGGAGAGGACAGGAUCCAAUUUCCAAUAUUCAGAUGGACACUCAGGCAAAGGCUCACAGAGCAGCACCCCAUCAGGUACUCAAAAGAAAGUGAAACGCACUCUCCCCAAUCCGCCACCAGAGGAGGAGUCGGCAGGCAGCCAAACAGGGUACAGCACUGGCUCAGCUCGUCGUCGCCUCUGCAGGAACACCACUAUGGCUCGGGCCAAGAUCCUGCAGGACAUUGACCGGGAGCUUGACCUUGUAGAGCGAGAGUCCUCUAAGCUUCGAAAGAAGCAGGCUGAGCUUGAUGAGGAGGAGAAGGAGAUCGAUGCCAAGCUGCGGUACCUCGAGAUGGGCAUCAACCGGAGGAAAGACGCCUUGCUGAAGGAGAGGGAAAAGAGAGAGAGGGCCUACCUGCAGGGCGUGGCAGAGGAACGGGACUACAUGUCCGACAGUGAGGUCAGCAACAUUAGAGAGACGAGGGGGAAUGGUCACGGAAUGGAGAGGCCUAGAACGGCACCACAGUCUGAAUUCAACCAGUUUAUCCCACCACAGACUCAGCCUGAGUCUCAGUAUGCCCAGUCAGGGGGUUCUUACAGCCAGUAUUCAUAUGCACCACAGACCCAAGCCACCACUCAGUACCCCCAGCAGACUCUUUACCAGCAGCCGUCCUUAUACCAUCAGCAGGUGGCUCCAUAUCAGUCCCAAUCAAUCUACUCCUCAGUGCCUAGUCUGUCCUAUCCCCAGUCCUCCCACCAGCAGUCCCAGCAGCAGAGCUACCAGCACUCCUCACAGGUCCUCCUGAUGCAGCAGAAAGCCAGGCAGACCACACUUUCAGAACUGGAACCAAAGAUCACCACAAACUAUGAAGUCAUACGCAAUCAGCCGCUCAUGAUGGGCUCCUCUUCCACAGAUACCUCAUACGCCAUCCCCCACCAUGCGGGCAAAUACAGCAGCCUAGACCUGAGACUGGGCCUGGAGGAGAGGGGCAGCAUGGCCAGCAGCCCCAUGUCCAGUAUCUCUGCUGACUCCUUCUAUGCCGACAUCGACCACCACACACCCAGGAACUAUGUCUUAAUUGAUGACAUUGGUGAACUCACCAAGAGCUCCGCGGGGCUGUCCUCCAGCUUCACCAUUCCAGACAAGGACCUUGCCAAGGCUGACCGGCUCCUACGUGCUGCCGAGGCACGCCGUUCUGCCGAGGUGACAGACUACCUUGGGCCUUUGCAGGGGUCUUCCAGGCUCCACUCCUACAACAAGCCAGAGGAGGAUGCCAUGGAGGAGCCCUAUGAGCUGAAGCUGCUGAAACAACAGAUCAAGCAGGAGUUCCGAAGGGGCACUGAAGCCCUGGACCCUCUGACCGGCCUGCCGCACUACUACCCUGGUGAGAGCAGCUACAGACACUUCCCCAAGACUGAAAAAUACAGCAUCAGCAGGCUGACACUGGAGAAACAAGCCGCUAAGCAGCUUCCUGCUUCAGUGCUUUAUCAGAAACAGGCUAAGCAUAAAAAAGCCCUGAUGGAUCCUAAAAUCACCAAAUUCUCCCCCAUCCAAGAAAGUAAAGAUCUGGAACCGGAUUACAGCAGCUACCUGGCAUCCAGUGCCUCUUCAGUCAGUGGCCUGUCCUCAAGGGCGAGGCUACUGCAAGAUGAAAUCACAUUUGGUUUGAGGAAGAACAUCACUGACCAGCAGAAAUACCUGGGUUCUACCCUUGGAGCUAAUCUUGCACAAUCUCUCAAUUUAGGGCAGAGCCUCAAUCUGGGCCCAAAUCUGCGAUCCUCUCUUCAGGAUGAUGCAGCAUACCCCAGUGGCAGCAGAUCCAGACCCUCCUCAAGGCCUUCCUCUGUUUAUGGACUAGAUCUCUCCUUAAAAAGAGACUUGUCCAGUUCCUCUCUGCGUCUAAAAACAGAAGGCGAGGCCUUAGACUCCUCUUUCACGACUCCUUCAGUGCGAACCAAGCCAACAAGCCUGCCCAUAAGCCAAAGUAGGGGGCGCAUCCCAAUCGUGGCACAGAACUCUGAGGAGGAGAGUCCCUUGAGUCCAGUCGGUCAGCCUAUGGGCAUGGCGCGCGCAUCCGCUGGGCCCCUCCCACCCAUAUCGGCCGACUCAAGGGACCAGUUUGGCUCAAGCCACUCCCUCCCUGAAGUGCAGCAGCAUAUGAGAGAGGAGUCCAGGACACGUGGCUAUGACCGGGACAUAGCCUUCAUAAUGGAUGAUUUGCAAGGCGCCAUGUCCGAUAGCGAAGCAUUAAGUGACUCCCUGGUGACUUUGAGCAGAGAUGAUCCAAGAUACACUCAUGACCAUAUGAAAGACGCAGGAGGCUCCAGCUGGGAUGCAGAAGCGUACCAUCUGAGACGGGAGGAGACCGACUGGUUCGACAAACCCCGUGAGGGGCGGCUGGAAAAUGGACACGGGCUGGACCGCAGACAGAUUAAAUCAAUUCACUACCCUUUCCCCCAUACCAGAAUCAAACUGCUGAGGGAUCCAAAAGAUCAUAGUGUAUCAGGCAAUGGGCUGGGUAUCAGAGUGGUCGGUGGUAAGGACAUUCCUGGGAACAAUGGAGACAUUGGAGCCUACAUUGCAAAAGUUUUACCUGGAGGGGCUGCAGAACUGACCGGAAAGAUUGUUGAAGGAAUGCAGGUCCUGGAAUGGAAUGGAAUUCCUCUGACUGGUAAAACCUAUGAAGAAGUCCAGAGCUUGGUGGGUCAGCAGUGUGGGGAGGCUGAACUGUGUGUCAGACUGGAUUUGAACAUGCUGUCGGAUUCUGAACACCCUCAGCAUUUGGAGCUGCACGACCAGACAAAGCCUGGAGACAAACAGAGGUCCCCAGGGGUUGAUCCCAAACAGCUCGCCGCAGAGCUGCAGAAGGUGUCUCAGCAGCAGGCGCCCUCCACGGUGCUGUCAGCAUCUGAGAAAGGCCCUCACAUCCACUCAGGCACUGCAUCGGCCGCCUCCAGCGCCAUCCCCAGCCCCGGGCAACCCGGCUCCCCUUCUGUCAGCAAAAAGAGACACAGCAGUAAGUCUGCAGAAGCUGUGAAGACUCAGUCCCAUCCGGUUGGAGGUGAAAUACAGCUCCAAAUAAAUUAUGACAAGAAUCUUGGCAACCUGAUCGUCCAUGUGCUGCAAGCAAGAAACCUCCCCCCAAGGGACAACAAUGGCUACUCAGACCCUUUCGUUAAAGUUUAUCUCCUGCCAGGCAGAGGCCAAGUGAUGGUUGUCCAGAAUGCAAGCGCUGAGAACAAGAGGAGAACAAAGCAUGCGCAGAAGGGCUUGAACCCAGAAUGGAAUCAGACUGUGAUUUAUAAAAACAUCCACCUGGAGCAGAUCAAGAAGAAGACCCUUGAAGUGACGGUGUGGGACUACGACAGAUGUUCAUCAAAUGACUUUCUUGGAGAAGUGCUGAUUGACCUGGCAAACACCAGCCAGCUGGACAACAUCCCGCGCUGGUUCCCCCUGAAGGAGCAGAGCGAGGGUCAGGACCAGGCGAGGUCCCACUCCGGCCUGGGCAGCCAGCAGUCCCCGAAGCCCUCCGUCAUCAAGAGCCGGAGCCACGGCGUCUUUCCCGACCCCUCAAAGGACAUGCAGGUGCCCACUAUUGAGAAAUCUCACAGUAGCCCCGGCAGUUCCAAGUCGUCCUCCGAGGGACACGUGCGCUCUCACGGACCGUCCCGCAGUCAGAGCAAAAGCAGCGUCACUCAGGCGCACCUCGAGGACGCAGGGGUCGCCAUAGCGGCGGCCGAAGCAGCCGUUCAGCAGCUCCGCCUCCAACCAAUUCAUAAAAGCAGUCGCUCCAAGAAGCACCACAGGCACAGCGUAGCGGGAGUCCUGACAAUUCACAGAACUCAGUCCGACUAUCUACCGGCGCCAGCCAAUGAAAUGAAAGAUACAAGUCAGCUGACCAUCAGGAAAAUGAUGUCUGAAGGAACGCCAAAGAAGGAUGGAGCAAGGUCCGGCCACAGGGCGACGGACGUCGCCGUGACGACCACGUCUUCGGCCAGCAGCCUCGGAAGCAGCGGCCUGACCCUGGACGAGGAGGGCGGCACCAACGCGGUCGACAGCGCCAUCUUCCAGGUCCCUCGCAUCGGGAAAACAAUCCCAAAUGGCACAGACAAGACGCGAGGAUCAGACCCACUGAAGCCAUCGUUGGGCCUCGGUGAUACAGAAGCAGGAAAAACACAGAUGAUGGGAGAGAUUAAAAUAGCUCUGAAGAAGGAGAUGAAGACAGAGGGAGAGCAGCUCAUUGUAGAGAUUCUGCAGUGUAGGAACAUCACAUACAAAUUCAAGACUCCAGAUCACCUUCCAGACCUGUACGUGAAGCUGUAUGUGGUCAAUGUGGCCACGCAGAAGAGGAUCAUCAAAAAGAAGACGAGGGUGUGCCGACACGACCGAGAACCGUCCUUCAACGAAACAUUCCGCUUCAGCAUGAACCCAGCUGGGCACUCAAUCCAGCUCUUUCUGGUGUCCAACGGUGGAAAAUUUGUUAAGAAGACGUUGAUCGGCGAGGCCUAUAUCUGGCUAGACAAGGUGGACCUGCGGAAACGAUCAGUCAGCUGGCACAAGCUGCUGGCCAGCUCCACUCAGGCCAACUCGUAAGAGCCAUGGAUCCGGGGGCCUUCGGCCAGGCCAGGCCAGGCCAGGCCAGGCCAGACCAAGCCAGGCCCGGGUGGCACGAGAGGAAGAGGGGGAUGACGAGGGGGCUAUCGGUUCGAAAGUGCCCACUGCUGCCUUGUGUCUCUCGUAGUUUGGGUAGUGGGGGGCAGAGUGUCGGAGAGCAGGCUGGGCCGAAUUUAUCCCCCGGAGGAAUGUCGAGAACUCAGCUGCUGUUAUGGCUCCCAGUCAGAUCCACGUGAGUGAUAAAGCCGCACAGUGCAGAGGAAAAUGAAGUUUGCUAUAAAGGGAAUGAGAGCACACUAGAAUCCUGGGUGGCAUAUGGAGCCUGGUAGUCACCUCCCCACAGGGAGUCACGUAUGCAGAACAUACUAGAUAUGAUAAGAUGUGAUCCCUUUGCAGCUACAAACUGUUCAAGUGUUACAAUGCCACCACCCCCCUCCCCCCACUGAAAAACAGAAGGAAAUAAAUCUAGGCAAACAUUGCUGAUUUUAUUUGCAAUAUUUCUUCUACAACAUAGAUUCUUGCUGUUUGUAUUACAGUAUUAGUGAAAAAGCCAAUUGGAUUUCAUUCCAACGUGUUUAUUUUUUUCAUUAUUGAGUUAUUCUAUUCAUUUGCAGUGUUUGCUGGGAAUUGCUGUCCCUCAGUGGAGAUGCAGCUCAUACCAUAUAUCAUUUUUUUUUUAAUUGUGUCCAUAAUUCUGAAAUAUGUUAGAUGAAAGACUAUGGUUCAGGAAUUUAUAAAGAUAAAAUUAUAUAAUUUAUAUAGUAUAUAUUUUAUAUUUAUUAUCAUUUUCAGUUCAUAUAAAAAAUGAUAUAGAUGGAUAUUGUUUCUUUAUCUUGGAUUAUAGAAAAAAUGCAGUAAUUACACAGGUAUUUAUUUAAAGAAAUUAUACUAUUUUCUGCUACCCCCAAUCUCCAUUACAUAUGUAUAUUUAAAUGUACAUAUCACAGAACUAUUAUAAAACCAUAAAAUGUACAAAGCAUAAAUUUAAUUUCUUGGGUAUAACAGGACAAGGAACACUUUAAACAAAGGCAAGUUUGGUGUGCAUGAAUGUUCAUGAAAGUUCAUAAAAUCCCACAACCGUAAAAGAAACCAUGCAUCAUUAUCAGAAAAUGAUACAUACCUUUUUGACUUUGUACAUAGUUGGGUUUUGCUGCUUGAGAAAAGAUAUAUAAAUUCAUGUUACAGACAAUCUAGUAUCAACAAUUAUGAUGUAAAGUGUUUUGAAUGUGAAACAUUGAGCACAAAUUGAUUUAACUUCAAUUUAUGGAAAUUUUCCUCAAUGUAAGAACUUUCAGUGUUAUAUUAGAUCAUAAAAUGUUCUUGAUGUCAGAUGGGGGUUUCAGAUCAGACAUUCACUGAGGGAAAUGAUGUGUUCCUUAGAUACACGUUGUUGUGCUUGUAUAACUCAAUGACUAGCUGCACUUUGUGAUGCCAUAGAAUGUAGAAAUGAGUAUAUGUCCAUUUUUAGAAAGGCCUCCAGACACACCUGUGAUUUUAAAACUAAUUUCAAAAGGUGCUAGCAUCAAGUGUUUUUCAAUCAGAGAUUAAUUUAGUCCAAAUGUGGUACCUAGUCAAGCAAAAUUUCACUCUGCUGAAUAUACUGAAUACAUACAGUGUACAAUGAAUUGAUUCUAUUUUUCCUCAAAAAUGAGGAAAGAAAUGAGGACAGCAUGUCAAGAUUGUUUGUGUUUGCUUGAGCAAGUGGCUUGUGAUCUGUUUGUUAUUGUCUUUCACAUUUGGUCAGAUGUUCCCCGAGGCCUCUUGGGUCCUUAGAGUGAAACCUUGGUUCACGGAAUUAUUUAGUUGUUGUCAUGGAAAUCCCAGGCAGUGGCCCUGCUCAUCUGUCAUUGGGCAACAGGGUAAGGGCAAAUGUAUUGUUGAUAACUGGCAUCACUGCAUAGGCAUCCAUUGCCUGAAGCAUUGGGUUAUGACAAAUAAACAAAUUAAGCCAUCCAUUUUGUGUUAAGAGUGCAUUUUACAUGAUUGCUCUUCAACUCUGGCUCUAUGAAACAACAUUCCAUGUUAAUGUUAAAGUGUGUGAAAUUUUGUCACAAGUAGUUUGCGUGUUUGUGACUUCACAAAGCCAGAGGUUCUCUAACGUUGUGAUGUUAAAAAUCUGGCCCAUAUUUGUUAACGUUCUAGUUGUCACUCAGUGUACUAAGUGUUUUUUUACUACUGCUGGUAUCAUGUGUCUGCACACCUGCAGUGUUGUUAUUUAACCAAACAGAACAGAUCAUAUCUUGUCCAUUUAAUUUCAUAAUUCACACCAGGGGAUCCACACCAGAGGAUCAAAUGCAUAUAGUUCCAGCCAUGCACAGCACCCUCUAUCACUGGACUCUGGUAUUGCUUUGACUCCCUUUUUAAAUAUUUAAAUCUUUUCAUUUUGAUAUUCAUGAAAGUGUACUACAUUCAUGUUUUACAUUCAAAUGUUGAAAUAUCAUCGGAAUAGUGCCCAUCUUCUGAUAUGAAAAAUAAAUUAAGAAAAAUUCUUAGAUAUGCACUGCUGCUAUUGUGUGAACUUAAAAUGGCAUUCAUUGAAAAAGAAAUCUAUAAAAGAUAUGAAUUAAAACUAUGAUGUUAUAUUAGUGAAAGGCUGCAAAGUCAUAACAGAAUGAGUGAACCCAUCAGUUUUGCUCAUACAGUGUUAGAUGGUAAGGAGGUUGGCAUCACAGAAAAACAAACUUUUGACUUGUGCCAACCUAAUUUCCUGACCAAAUCCAUAGGUUCUGUUGAAUUCUAUGCAACAUUGACUCUGUGCUUUGAGUGCAUUUUUUUUUGACAUAUAAAAUAUCAAGGAACAUUUAUGUCGAAAAAACAACAGCUGUAAUUAAAUUAAUUUUACUUUCUGUUUGUAUAUUAUUGAUUGAUUUCUUUCUGCUUGUAUUUUUUCCGUAUGUUCUACCAGAAACUGAUUGUUGUUUGUGGAGUUAGUGCACCUUAAAUUUAUAUCACUCCAAAUGUUUAUUUUUCCAUGUUACUUUAAGUUUGUUAUAUGCAAAGUUACAGCACAAAGCCUUUAAUUUCGUUGUUUGCUACCAACAGUUAAAAAGAGAUGGGAAAUUCAGUAAAAAGGGCAUUCUGUCGUCAGUACAGCAUAGUGUGCUUACAGUGUUUUUAAAAAGGAAUUUCUUUUUCUGUGUUUAACAUAUGCUUAUGUUAUGGAUACCAAGUGAUUUUAUUGCUUCACAAUAUCACAAUAUGAUCUAUUUAUGUCUAAGGAGACAAUGUCCUGUUUGCCUCAGUAUUUUUGAAAUUUAUUUAUGGAUAUUUUUUCAGAUUUUAAUGUUUUUUGGGCACUCCUAGUUUAUAAAAGUUGUAUUUUUCCUAUAUAUGUAAAAUAUAAUGACACAAAUAUGUGAGUUAUUCACAUGACACUAUUUUCUUCAGCAAAUAUCUUUACAUGAAACUGAUUCUUUUUUCUUCUUCUUCUUCUUUUUUUCUAAUAAAUGCUCUUAUGUUUUGGACAUGGUCUCCUUAAAGUUUCACUUCUAUUCACCCAAUCUUCAGGUUCCUUUGUUGUUCUGACGUUUACUGGUGUCCUGGAAACCAAGGAGUAUUAGUAAUCUUGAAGUGAACUGUGCGAAUGUUUCAUUAUUUGUAACCUGUAAAUAUAUAGCCUUCUUUUUCUACAAGAAGAGAUUUAAAUAUUUAUUUGGCCUGGAAUUGAGCAUGUGGCUGUGGGGAAAAAAUCAAUUCUCUUUAACUCUAUUUGUAUAGAUGUUCAGUGGCGUGACCAGGUGAUCCUAUAAUUGGCUCAAUAGAGUGUUGCUGUCAACCCAGUGAAACUUGUACAGCAGACCCUAGUCUCACAGGACUGAUAAAAUAUAUAUAUAUAUCUAAACUUGCAUAGUUGCAGGAGAAUUUAAAUGUUUUCACAUUGGAUGUUGCAUGUUUUGUUGGUGGUUUGUUAAUAUUUUUGUUUCCAAAUUCUAUAUAAAAGAGAGAUUAAAAAAAACAUGUAUAAAUUUAUUUAAAGCAGUAUGCUAACUGUACAAAGAUAUGCUUGUAAAAUCUGUCUGGGUUUUCACUUUAUGUAAAAAUGAAAAAGAAAAAAUCUAAUGUCAUGGUUUUGUGGUUGUACACAGGAUGUAUUGAGAUAUUAUGCAAAUUGUGCUGUAAAAAAACGGCUGUUUCCCUGAGUCUAAAUAAUAAAUAAUAAAAAAGAUUCUCAUCCA